AUGAGCUACCAGCAACAGCCCCCUCCGCCCCCUCAGCCACCACCCCCUGUAUUCUUCCCCUCCCUCUAUGACCGAACUACCCAAAGCACUAACCUAGCUGAUUGUGCCCUCUGGCGGAAGCUUUUCGUGCCAUUGCGAGGAGGGGAAGCAGCACCAGCCGGGCCUCAACGCCCUCCCCCUGGGCUCGGGCUCCUGCCACUCACAAGCGAGCGUUGCUGCCCCCCUCCCUGGCCAGCUGGCCUGGCUCCCAUUCCCUAUGAGCCCUUGCGCUUCUUCUGUCCUGCUUCAGAGAGCACUGAGGCACACCAGCAACAACAGCCAGAUGGGGAAAUCUGUGAGCUUGGCAUCCGUCUGAAGGAGCUGGAACUGUUGGCACUCACAGGGGAUGGCUCGGACCCACAGCAGUAUAAGCUUCUGAAGGCACUAAAAGAUGAAAAGACACAAGAUGUAAUGACAGGACUGACCCUGAAGAAACAUUCACCUGCAUCAUGAGAGUUAUUUACGUCUCAGCUGGGAAAUUUGGUGGUGUGGCAAAGCUAUAGGGAGAGACACGGGGCCCAUAGCCUGCCGAUUGACCCCUCAUGGACUGUUUCUACAAUAUUCUCAUUUUGACAAUAAAAGUAUUUUCAUCCA